AUGCAAACGGAAUUAGACUUGGACAUAUCGAUGGUCUUGUCAAAGUUUUUCUUGAGGAGCAUCGGUUUAUGGAUAUCCGAAAAUUCCGCAGAAGAACGUCGGAUGAAAAUAAUGAUCAUUUACACAGUAUGGCAUUCGAUAUUUGCUACAAUCGAAAUUACCAGAGAUUUCUACUUCACUAUAUUGUACAAAGGCGAUAUUCUUUACGUUAUUACCAACAUAUUAACCGUGACAAUGGGUUUAAUCAAGAUAUGUAUCAUAAUGUCGCAUAAAGAGGAAUUUAUAAAUCUGAUCGUGUACAUGCAACAACAUUUUUGGAACGUUAAGUACGAUUUUCGCGAGAAAGAAAUUUUGAAUAAUUGCAAAAAAACUUGCACCUUCUUCGUCUGUUCUGUCACCGUCAUGGGUACAUGUGCUAUAAUAGCUUAUCUAACAACACCGAUUAUUGCAAAUGCCGGGAAAAAUAAUUCCGAAAGAGUAUUGCCAUUCAACAUAUGGCUAAAUUUGCCAGUAUCUAUGUCGCCUUACUACGAAAUGAUAUUUACUCUACAGACGAUAAAUAUGUAUCAAAUAGCUGUCACCUACUUUUGCUUCGAUAAUAUUUUCUGCAUUCUGGCCAUACAUUUGGCUGGUCAGUUUCGCAUACUUCGAUACAGGUUUUCAAAACUGUGCGAUAUAGAACAUCAGAUAAACGAGAAGGAAUCGAUGAUAACAAACUAUGCGCAUACGUUUUAUGAAAAAUUGAAAAUGUACGUUCGACACCACCAGGCACUGAUCAACUUUUGCGACAGACUUGAAAACGUGUAUACGAUGUUGAUACUUGGACAAGUGUUGGUAUUUAGUGUGUUAAUUUGCCUGUUUGCUUAUCAAGGACUAUUGGCUGCUGCCUCUCUUGCGAGACGCUCGAUUUUCAUCUUUCAUUUAAUCGGAUCAAUGGCGCUAUUGUUUAUGUUCACCUAUAGCUGUGACGGUGUGAUAGAACACAGUGAGAAAGUUGCUAUCGGAGCAUAUUCAGCGCUGUGGACGACCAUGCCAAUGAACAAAUCUGGGAGGAUGAUUCGAAACGAUCUAAUAAUGGUGAUUGAGCGAUCAAGAAGAGUUUGUUGUCUCACCGCGAACAGAUUUUUCCCUGUAUCGUUAGAAACUUAUAACAAGAUUUUAUCUACCGCAGCAUCAUAUUUCACGUUACUAAGAAAUAAUUUAGAGAACGAAAUUGAAAACUGAUUGGUAAAAGCAAAUCUCCAACCAAUUCGGUAAAAUAUUCGUAGAAAAUUACCUAUGAUAGUAUUCAAAAGAAUUGUAUAGGUACAUCUAUUAAAAAAGAUAAAUCGUUGAAUAGAAAAUAAACGAUAACUAAACAUACGUAUAAUCGACUAGAGUCGCUCGCUUAUGACA